GAUGCUAUAUCAGAAAAUAAAGAACAUGACAGGAAACAUCGUAAAUUGGAUCAUUUAAUUGACUGGUAAUGGUAGUGGAGUUGCAGGUGGUGGGUUCGUCAUAUGUUGGUUUUACCUUAUAUUAUCGAAUAUACACCUACAAUUUUAUUUGGAAGACGAUGAAGGAAUUGGUGCAUUUCUUUGGUGAUAGUGUACUUAAAACUCGAACUCAUUCACAACCUGGAUCUACUAUUAUUUUUACCGCCGUCACUGACUCUGUAAUAUUUGAAGAACAUCUGAAUUUAUAUGAAUUUGAAGCGUUUAGUUCAGGUUAUUGUCUUGGUAGUGCUAAUUGGAUGAUUGAUUGUGGAGGUGAAAAGUGUCAUCAUCAUACAUCCUUUGCCUUUAAUGAGACGGUAUUCAAUAAUGCUGAUGUUAUCAUUCUUAACGACUUGCGUGAUAAGGGUGGAGCUAGAUUUGAAACUAUUCUUAUUGAAAUUGGAAAUUGUGUUUUUUUAAGUCAACACUUAAGUGCCGUAGGAUUACGUGGUAUUCCCUUCUAUGCAGUAUAUCCUAUGGCUGAGGAAUCCCUCAAAUAUUCUAAUAUAUGUGGGGAAUGGAUGUGUACCGAGAGACAGCAAAAAAUGGCUGAUAGUUCAUUACAGGAAAAAUAUCAAGAACCAUGUUUUGUCUUCGCUGGAUAUCCGUCAUUACGGCCAUUAAUUUCAUUAGAAACCGAAUUUACCGAACUCAUUGAUGAGUGUUUAGAUAUCGUUAAUAUUUUUAUUAAUUCGCAAUUUGUUAGGACUGUUAUGACAGAAAAUCUUGCCUCAAAUAUUGAAUUGGUUACUAAUCUUGGAAAAGAUUCGCUAAUAGCAUCAUUGAAUGGAACACUUAAUAUUCAUAAUACAAAAACAUCAUAUGUUUGUGGGGAAUUCAAUGUCUCAAAACUUAUUAAUGAAUUAACUGAACAAAUAUAUGGAUAUAGAAUAGAUGAAUUUGAAGAAGAUAAGAGGAGUUCAAGUUAUAAAAUUAGUUCAAUAUCACCAAAAAGCAAUGAUUUAUUUGAAUAAUGAAAAUUUUAAAAUUAUUACAACUGAUAAUCAAACUAGGAUUAAAUUGACAAAGAUCUUGAUCGAACAAUUAAUCGUAUUAUGAGAUGGUGUAUUCAAAUAAAUUGUAUUAAUAAAGUUAUUAAUAUUGUGAUUUG